AUGGAGCAAGAGGAGUGUCCUGCGGAGGGACACCCUGUGACCUCUCAAGCGAGGUCGUCGGCAGAAGAGGUGGGCACGGCGACACGGAGGAAGAGGAGGAAGAAGAAGGAGCAAAUGGAAUCCAUCAUCGUGUACCGCUCUGAGGCAGAUGACCAGGAUGAGGAUGGAGCAGAGAGUGGCCUAGGGGAAGGGGGCAAUGUCACUAGCGACAUUGCUGAGGAAGACACCUGGAGCAUGCCCCCAGACAGCCGCUACGUCACCCUGACGGGUACCAUCACCCGAGGCAAGCGAAAGGGUCAGAUGGUGGACAUCCACGUGAGCCUGACCGACAAGGAGCUCCGUGAGAUGGCGCGCUCCAAGGAGCGUCUGGAUGCCGAAUGCGAGGAGGCGGCAGCGGUGGCGGCUGCUGGAGGCUGGGGGCGGCGCCCCUGUGCGGUGGGUCCCGGUCAAGGCCCUCACGUGGUGCUGUGGAGCCUGUCUUGCCUUCCCGUGGUCUUCCUACUCUCCUUCAUCAUCUCGUUCUACUACGGCACGCUCACCUGGUAUAACGUGUUCCUGGUGUACAACGAGGAGCGGACGUUUCUACACAAGGUCACCCUGUGCCCGGUGCUCAUCCUGGCCUACCCGCCCCUAAUCGUGGUGCUGUCCCUGGGCAUGGGGGUGUACGCCGCCGUGGCGCAGCUCUCCUGGGUGUUUGCAGAGUGGUGGCUGGCCGUGAGGGACCUGGAGAAGGGCUUUUGUGGAUGGGCCUGUGGCAAGCUGGGCCUGGAGGAUUGCGCCCCCUACAGUGUGGUGGAGCUACUCGACUCGGACACUCUAUCCGGAAAUCUGCAGUUGAAGAGGGUGGACGAGGCUGACCAGGUGUCCUCGGUCUGA